AUGAUAACCAAGUUCACCAAGGGCGGCUCCGGCUUCAUGCAAGCCCCCAACUACGCGGCGUGCGACACUCGCAUUCUCGCUAUCAUCGGCCGCGGCGCGGCCGUCGUAGACAACUCAGCGGAGGACCUCACCGUGCCUCUGAUUAUGCCACCUUGGCCUAGACUGCACGACCCUCGUAGUCGCCGUAGAGUGGUGAGAGCCGUUACGCAGACGUACAUACGUACCGCGGCUGAAAUGGGCAUUCCUCCUCGUGACUUUCCAGAGCGCACUGGACUGUCCAACGACAACGUCAUCAACCGUCCCCGUCGCACGCCUAUCAAGCGGGCUCGUCUGGGCAGUAAGCGCCCGGCCAUGGCUGGUUGCAGCGGCAGCGACGGCUUAGACAGAGAUAUGCAGCGCGGGGGACAUACGCAGGGGGGAAGCGACGUGCACACACAGGGACACGUCUCCAACACGGUCAAGCCGAACACCCCAGACGCCACGCCCGUUAAGGGUCGUCGUGCAGGUCGUCGCAUGCAGAAGACCAGUGCCACCCUGGUGAAGUCCAACGGCGCGGGGGGUGUGGGGAAACGGGGAGUUGCGGAGCCUUCGACUGGGAAGCAGGUCCGCCUUGGCGCGUACAUGGAUGAGAAGGACGCGGCUUACGCGUACGCGGCUGGAGCGUGUGUGAUCAGGAGGAAGGACCACUUCCCCAAGGUGAUGGCGUUGACAGACACGGAGAUGGCUGCAUUGGAGGGAGCAAUAGUGGAUGACGUGAGGCAUCUUGUACAGAAGCGCCAGUGGUACAGGUGGAGGGAGUGGCGUAAAGCCAUGAACGACAUUGGUGUUUUGCCAGGAACGCUCUUCAAGCCGGAGCCAGGUGCGGAGUCACUUCCACCUAAAGUAGAGGUAGCUGAUAGCGAGACACGGGAUGCUGAAGCAGAUGAGGAUCUUGUGAGCGAGGAGGACAAUAGGGAACAAGACAGUGAUGGGGGUAUUGAGUGCACGCAGGCCCAGUAA